AUGGGCCAAUACAUAACAACACAUGAAUUUUAUCAUGUAUAUACUGAUGAACCACAUGCAACGCGUCGAAAAGAAAUUCUUAAAAAAUAUCCUGAAAUCAAACAAUUAAUGGGUCAUGACUGGCUUAUGUCAGUACAAGUGAUUAUAUCCGUAAUAACUCAAAUCAUUGUUGCAAUACUUUUAAGAGAAGCUUCAUGGCUCAAAUUAAUUUGUUUCGCGUAUGUUAUUGGUGGUACUAUAAAUCAUACAUUGUCGUUGGCAUUACAUGAAUUGACACAUAAUUUAGCAUUUGGUCAUUCACGACCUAUGUCUAAUCGUAUAUUAGGUUUUUUUGCUAAUUUACCAUUAGGUGUACCCGCAUCAAUAACAUUGAAAAAGUAUCAUCUUGAUCAUCAUCGAUUUCAAGGUGAUACUAUUUAUGAUACAGAUAUUCCAACGCGAUUGGAAGUAUUUUUAUUUUCCUCUCGUAUUGGUAAAUUAAUAUUUUUGAUAAUAAUGCCACUUCUCUAUUCAUGUCGACCAUUAUUUAUCCUUCCAAAAGCCAUACAUUUAUUGGAAAUAGUUAAUUUAAUUAUUGCAUUUAUGUUUAAUAGUUUAAUGUUUUAUUUUUUUGGUGGAAAAACUUUAUCGUAUUUUCUAUUAAGUACUGCACUCGGUCUAUCAUUACAUCCAAUUUCUGGGCAUUUUAUUGCUGAACAUUAUGUUUUUCAACAAGGCUAUGAAACAUAUUCUUAUUAUGGACCACUUAAUGCUAUAACGUAUAAUGUUGGCUACCACAAUGAACAUCAUGAUUUUCCAUAUAUACCUGGUAGAAAUUUACCAAAAGUACGCAAAAUUGCUGCAGAAUAUUAUGAUUAUUUACCAUCUUAUACAAGUUGGAUCAAAGUACUUUAUGAUUUCGUUACGAACGAUAAUGUGGGCCCUUGGGCACGUGUGACUCGACCAACAAAAAUCGGACAUAUUCAAGUACCAAGUCAACAAGAAUAUGAACAACAAUUGCAAACUACUGUCAAUGAGCCUAAGAAACAAGACUAA